GCACCACAUAGUAGAAGGAAAGGAGAAGAACAGGCAGCUGGGUUCUCAGCCAAGGUGUUCUUCUUGGCGACGACGACGACGACGACGAUGCAAUGCUCAGAGACGGCUGCAAGUGAUUCUUGAUGCAUGUUCCUGGUGCUCGACGACGGCUACAGGUGGUUAUCGACGCUUGGACUUCUCGGCAACGUUGCAGAGGUGGUCGGAGCUGCAUGCGUCCUUGGCACGGUGGCUGUGCAGGCUGGGUUGAUCUCAGAUUGGGCGUCAGCAACAGCAGGGGAUAGCAAUAGGGGUCCAUGAGUGUUGGUAGUGGUAUGGGCAUCUCUGGGUUCACGGCUGGUUUUGCGGCAGAUCAAAAGCUUACAAGCCAAGUUCAUGAGAUUGUGGGACGCAUUAAUGGGAGAUUUGGAACUCUUAUUGCUAUUCCCAUACACCAUCUGGACCGAUCUCUUGACUUUCACGCAUUGUGCGCUCUGUAUGCUGUUACUGAUGUUGCACUUGUUACUUCUCUUAGAGAUGGAAUGAAUCUUAUGAGUUAUGAGUUUGUUGCUUGCCAAGCAUCCAAGAAAGGAGUCCUCAUUCUGAGUGAGUUUGCAGGUGCAGCACAAUCGCUCGGUGCUGGUGCCAUUUUAGUAAAUCCAUGGAAUAUCAUAGAAGUUGCUGCUUCCAUUGCUUAUGCUUUGAAUAUGCCAGCUGAUGAAAGAGAAAAGAGACACCAGCAUAAUUUCAUGCAUGUAACAACUCAUACAUCUCAAGAAUGGGCUGCAACCUUUGUUAGUGAACUUAAUGAUACUAUUGUGGAAGCUCAACUGACGACUAGGCAAGUUCCACCUCUACUUCCUAUGAAAGAAGCCGUUGAUCACUAUUUGGAAUCCAAUAAUAGAUUGCUUAUACUGAUGGAAUAACAAAUAUACUGGUAGAAAUGAAUGUUAUAGCACCACAUGCUUUUGUUUCAUAAGUUUGGUUUACCCACAUCGUGAAAAUAUUGUGGGUAAUCAACCAACUUAUGGAGAGUUAGUUGAACGACUUAAUGAUACAACUUUCCGCCUUAAUGCUACUAACGAACAACUUAGUGUAGUUGUGGAUAUACUUCGUCAUAACAAUUUGAUGGCACCGCCUCCACCACCUCCAACAGACCAAGCUUCAGAUGCAAAUUUAAGAGAGUCGCCAUCUAUUUCAGUUCGGGAGUCACAAGAAGAUUCUUAGUUUAUUUACAUUAAUUUACUAAGGAAUGAACUUUAUGAAGUUUUUUUAUUUUAGUAGGGGUAACCUUAAAAUGAUAACUUUAUGACUUUUUUUAGUAUUGAACAUUAUAAAGAGUUUUACCAUUAA